GGGAAUGCUUAUUUGAUCAACAAAUGAUUUUCGAGUGAAAAAAAAAAGAGUCGCAUGUUUUGAGCGUGGGCGUGUGCACUUUGGCGAACUGGGCUGUCACACUGAGUCAAAAAUUUGUUUCCCAUUGACCGGAGUGGCUUUUUCUUUUCAGGCAUUGUCGGGCGCAAAUCCCGUUAUUUUUUUGUCUCUUUUUUGACAGCAAAGCGAACAAAAAGAAUGGCAGCAGAGAAAGCAUUUGACCGAAGUGCGCUUGAACAAUUGAUUACCAAGCGUUUCUUCUAUGCUCCUUCGUUCCAAAUCUAUGGAGGUGUGGCCGGUUUCUACGAUUACGGUCCAUCAGGCUGUGCUCUCAUGACCAACAUCAUCAAUGUGUGGCGUAACCACUUUGUGCUCGAGGAAGAAAUGUUGGAAUUGGAUACAACCAUUAUGACCAUUCACGAUGUGUUGAAGACUUCUGGACACGUUGACAAAUUCGCUGACUGGAUGUGCAAGGAUUUGAAGAAUGGUGAAAUUUUCAGAGCUGACCACGUUGUCGAAGCGGUGCUUGAGGCUCGUCUUCAGGGUGACUUGGAAGCGAGAGCCGCCAAGGAUGGCAAGGCCGUCGACCCUGCUGCCGUCGAUCCUGCUAAAGCCGCCAAAGACGCCAAGAAGAAGAAGAAGAAAGGUACCGUUGUCGCAAUCGAAUUGCCCGAAGCUACGCGUAAGCUUUACGAGGAAACUUUGGCUCAAAUUGAUAACUACAAUGGUCAAGAACUCGCUGAAAUUAUGCAAAAGUUUGAUAUCCGUUCUCCUGAAACCGGCAACGAGUUGUCAGUUCCUCAGGAAUUCAACUUGAUGUUUGAGAGUCAAAUCGGUCCUACCGGUCAAUUGAAGGGUUACUUGCGUCCUGAAACGGCUCAAGGUCAAUUCUUGAACUUUAAGAAACUCUUGGAAUUCAACAAUGAGAAGAUGCCUUUUGCUUCCGCUCAGGUCGGUCGCUCUUUCCGUAAUGAAAUCAGUCCUCGUUCGGGUCUUUUGCGUGUGCGUGAAUUCACCAUGGCGGAAAUUGAACAUUUCGUCGAUCCCGAGAACAAGGACCAUCCCUCGUUCAACGAUGUCAAGGACGUCGUCAUCACCCUGUUACCCAAGGAUGUCCAGUUGUCUGGCAAGACCGAAACCACUGAAAUGUCCAUCGGUGAUGCUGUCGCCAAGAAGAUCAUUGAUAACCAGACCCUCGGUUACUUCAUUGCUCGUAUCUACCUCUUCUUGACCAAGAUCGGUAUUAAGCGCGAACGCUUGCGAUUCCGUCAACACAUGGAUAACGAAAUGGCCCAUUACGCUACCGACUGCUGGGACGCCGAAAUUCACACCAGCUAUGGUUGGAUUGAAUGUGUUGGCUGUGCUGAUCGUUCCGCUUACGAUUUGACCGUGCACUCUCGCCGCACCAAGGAAAAACUGGUUGUCCGCGAGCAACUGGCUGAACCCCGAACGGUUGAGCAAUGGCAAGUGGAGAUCAACAAGAAGACGUUUGGUCCCAAAUUCAAGAAGAGUGCCAAGGCCGUUGAAGAAGCAUUGCUUACCUAUACCGAUGAGUGCUAUGCCAAACUUGCCAAGGAUCUUGAAACCACCGGUACUUCCGAGGUUGAAGUCGACGGUCAAAAGUUUGAAGUGUCCAAGGAUGAUGUUUCCGUCAAGCGCGGUGCCGUCACUGAAUAUGUUCGUGAAUACACUCCCAAUGUCAUUGAACCCUCGUUCGGUAUUGGCCGUAUCUUGUAUUCUUUGCUUGAGCACAGCUGGUGGGUUCGCGAAGGUGAUGAAGCUCGUAACGUGCUUUCAUUCCCUGCUGUGGUCGCUCCCUUCAAGUGCUGUUUGUUGCCUUUGUCCGGUAAUGCUGCUUUUGAACCUUUUGUCAAGAAAUUCUCUCGUCAACUGCGCCAGAACGGUAUCUCGACCCGUACCGAUGACAGCAAAACUUCCAUUGGUCGCCGAUAUGCUCGCAACGAUGAACUCGGUAUUCCUUAUGCUAUCACUAUUGAUUUCCAAACCGUGGAAGAUGGUACCGUCACCUUGCGUGAACGUGAUUCCACCGAACAAAUCCGUGAUUCGUUUGAAAACAUCUUGGCCAAGCUCAAGGAAACCGAUACUCUCUGAUUUAGUGUGUAGAGAACCCAUUUCCUCACUUUUUCGCAUCAAAUCAUCCUUCUCUUUUUUUUUUCUAUUGCAUAAAAUCAAUAAUAAAUGUGAAUGGAAAAGGAUACGUUCAAUGGGCUUUAGAAUGAAUGCUCUUUUCCUUGUUGUCUCAAAACAGUUUGAACUGACGAUA